AUGGAAGACAACCAAGGAUUGUCGCCAAGUCCCGGGCGAAAUGAACAAGGCGCUGGAGUGAACCUCAACGAAACUAAUGCACAGCAGGAUAUCGAUGGAGUUGUGCAAGCAACUGGUGAUGGCAACGAUGGAGGUUCAGAAGUAGUUCUCAACGACGAAAACGAGCAGAAGGCCGAGGACGGCGAGGGAGCAAACGACGCAGACAUGAAUAUAACAUCCGAGUCUGUGGAACAAGAACAUCUUUAUGACAAAGCCAGAAAGACUACAGACAGUUCCAGCGAGGUUAAAGUAGAGCCCGGCAACGAAAAUAUUCCAUUGCCUGGGGAGGGAAGCGCAGAUUUGGAAGAAACCAAAACCACGAUGGGCCCUCAAGACCAAGUUUCUAGUGACUACAUGUUCACCUCGAGACCGCAAAUGGAAAGCACAAUCAGCAUGUCUUCACUACAGAAACAAACGCACACGAUUGUUUUGCCGUCUUACAGUGCGUGGUUUGACAUGAAGAAGAUCCAUAAAAUCGAGAAAGAGUCUCUUCCAGAGUUCUUCAACGGAACCAACAAAAACAAAACCCCUCAGAUAUAUGCGCGCUACCGGAAUUUCAUGGUGAAUACGUACAGGCUAAACCCCAACGAGUACUUGUCGUUCACUGCUGUCAGGAGAAACCUAGUUGGAGAUGCUGGCACAUUGCUCCGACUACACAAAUUCUUGGACAAAUGGGGGAUAAUCAACUACCAAGUUAACCCGGAGACGCGCCCUGUGCCGUUGGAGCCACCGUACACGGGAGAGUUCACAGUUGAUUUCGACACUCCACGGGGACUAUUUCCAUUUGAGAGCUAUAAACCUCCUGUGGAUCUUCCUGACAUGUCGAAAGUGAAAGAACUCUUGAAUUCGGGCAACAACGGCAGCGCGGCAUCGAAUGGAGAACCUAACAAAAGGCGGAAAAUCAUAAAACCAGACAUUAACAAAGGCUGGUCCCAGACGGACUUGGAAAAGCUGGUUGAAGGAGUCAAGCAGUUCCCUAAUGAAUGGUACAAGAUUGCAGAGCAUGUUGGCAACAAGAGUCCGGAGCAAUGUAUUAUACGGUUUUUGCAGUUCCCGAUCGAGGACGAAUUUCUGGAGAAAAACAGAGAACAUCUUGGCCCAUUGAAAUAUGUGCCCAACCUAUCAUUUUCGCCCAACGAUAACCCUAUAAUGUCGACUUUGGCCUUUUUGACGUCCAUAGUAGACACGGAGGCGGCCGUUGCUGCUGCAGAUCGGGCGAAGAAGGUGGUGGAUGAUAAGUUGACUCAGCUGCUCGACGGGUCGGGGCGGAGCGAAGAGACGACGCAGAUAAAGGAUGAGCCCAAGGAGGAUACAAACGAAGAACAGGACAACAUGGAAGUGGAGGACCCGCUCACGGACGUGAAAGAUGCGGCAAACACGUCGUUUGGGCUUGCGGCAGCGAGGUCGCAUGUUUUUGCCAACUACGAGGAGAGAGAGAUGAACAAAGCGAUGACCGCCAUUGUGAACAACGAGUUGAAGCUGGUGGAGCUGAAGCUGACCAAGCUGAGCAAGCUGGACAGGCUCUUUGAAUUUCAGAAGAAACAGCUGUCAAAGAAGAACGAUGAGCUGUUUCUGGACCGUCUUUCGUUCUUCAAGACUGCCAACACUGUGUCGUCGAAACUGAUGCAGGCCAUUGAGCUGUUGGAGGACAAGAGUGAGGGCGGAGAGAAGCUGAAGAAGCUGGUGUCGGAUGCCAGAGAGCUGAUCAUGAAACCUCCAAAGAAGAGCCUAAACGUGCUUGGGUUUGAGUCGAAGGACGAAGAACGCAGCCUCGGAGAAGAAGAGGUCAAGCCGGUGAGCUACGAGGCUCCUCAACUGUAUAGAUAUUGGUCAGGAUAG